GCCCUGUCGUACACGAUCCUUUCAAUCAGAUUCACGGUCUACUCGUUUCUUGACUAUUUCGACUAGGUAGUUACAGAAAUACUCCCUAGGUACUAGUUCCAGUCCCAGCUCUAGAAAAGUCCCCCCUCCCUUCAACCCCAUAUCAGAUAAUCCCGUCCAAUUGGAUCUUUCCCUUCAAAAGAAAUAAAAAUUAAAAAUGGCUCAAGGCUAGAGAUGCCCAGUAGAUGGAAAGGAAAAUGUACCCAUCGAUCUCUGAAUAAUCUAUCUUAAACGAUCGUACAGCUUUACAGCUCUCCAGCUCACGUUUUUUCUUUCUUUCUCACUCUCGCCCUCGCCCUCGCCUUCUUCCUCAACCUCAACCUCAGCCUUUCCCUCUCCCUCUCCCUCUCCCUCCCUCUCCCUCACACUCCCUCACUCUCACUGAGCAUUCUCUGCGAAAAUUCCUUAUUCUUUUGAUACACUUCCCCUUUCACCCUUCCCCCUUCCCCCACGCUAUCGUAAAUCAAACACUCGACUUUAUUCAUUCAUCCCAGGCAGGAAUCGGGAAGACCUUACCUUAUUUGAUCUCACUGAUUGCCCUCUCGUGCCUCUCUCUGCCCUACCAACAUUACAACACCUUUCCCCACAACCCCUGGUCGAGCCUACGCCCCCAAAGAAAGAAUACCUUGAAAAAAAAAAAGUGUACUGCCAUACAUACUACCAUACUGCCGCACAACGAAGAACGAACAAGAAUUCGACUUCGACAGUGCAACACAUUCAUCUUCCUUUCCCUUGAUCAUCGACGUCGUGGAACAGGGACUAACCGCUCGUUUCCUGACACAAACUGCAAUCCGGACCCUCGAAUCGAUUCUCCACCAAAAAUCCACCGAAAACUUUACGUUCCUGACGAUUUUCCCCUUGCUUCCCCAGGCGUAUCUCCCGCGUCAAAACCAACGAAUUCCCAACCCAAAAAGGGCCAUAGACUCGAUCAAAGCAAGACAAAUCACACAAGGAAAAGGCAAUUUUACUGCAAAAAUAAUCUUAUAUUUCAUUCUGGCUACUGCUGCGCGGGUGCCUACCUCUACACAGAAAAGCGCGCUUCUUGACGUUGCAUAUGACAAACGAAGGGAUUGUGUCGCGCGACCUUUGCCCUACCCUUCAUACUUCAAUAUAUCCCUCCCUCCCCUCCCUCGAUGCUCGAUUCCUCAUGAACUCCAACUUUCCGCACAUCCUUCUUUUGUAAAUGAACCAUCACCUACUGUCGACUACAUAUUCCGACUUCUUGCACUGUCAUAUAGAUCUACAACCUGUCAAAUACCUCAUAGAAAGACUAUUCUCUGGUUCAAGCGGUCUGCCAUCAGACACAUCGACUCCUUUCAACAUAUUUUCGUCCUGUUUUUUUCCUCGCCCAGAAACUCCCACGUACAUACCGAAUUUUCAAUACAUCUUCAAUAAUGUCCUCGGCUGCCGCCAACAGACCUGCAGGUGCCAUGAAUGCGCAACGGCCUACUCGAUUUGGAGAUUUCCCCACUGCCCCAGGCAGGCACAAUAGCGAUGACAGAACGUCGCAAAGCUCAACGCUUGGCCAAACUUUUGGAAACGGUGGUACAUGGCAGCCUUCGAGUGGAAUCUGGGGUAGUAACACAAUCGGGAGUGGUUUUGCCAAUACGAAGCGAGAUGCUUCACGCUCUCGAGCAGCAGAUAAUGAAAACUUCUCUGAUGCCCCCAGUGGUUCUGGAGCCUUAGCCGCAUCUUCAGAGGCCGACCCUUGGGUUGCUCGUGCAAAUGGGCCUUGGAAUCCUCCGGAUACAACAUCUCCAACAUUACAGUCCUCACAUAGUGGAAGUACUUCUCCUUCUCACGUUCGCAACAACAUCCCUUCACAAAUGCCACAAAGUCUGCACGAUUUGCAAGCAUACCAACAAUCGAGACCUGCGAUUGGACAAGGAGCUAGUUUCAGUCGACCACAGCCGAAGAGUAGUUUGGAUCCCUCUUCUGGAAGUUUCAAAUUUUCGCGCAAGCCUUCCUUUGGAUUCAACGACGACAAGGAGAAUUCCUCACAAUUCUCGUCUAAUCAAGAUAGUCCAUAUGAUAUCGAUGUUUCAUCCAGGGCCUUUAGAAUGGAUCAACUAACCUCUCAAAAUGGAGGCUUCCUUGGUAUAGGCUCGACUUCCAGGGAUGGAAGUAUGCCACCCUCCAGAACCUCGGAGGCUGGCCUCAACAAUCUAUCGUUUGGCAACGGAAAUUCAGGCUUUGGGUCCAUUGGUGGCCAUACUCCUAGUAAUUCAAUCCACUCCCAUCGUCCUUCUUUCUCGGCGAUUUCGGGCUCGUUUGCACAAACCAAUUCGUCGAGAUAUGGCGAUCUUAUCACGCAGACAGAAAGUGAACUACGAGAGAAAUUUGCAGGGCUUGGCUUGGUCAACGAUAUCGAUCAAGCCAGCGCAUCUCAGGUCAGCAACGGUCUGAGUUCCUCAUAUUCCCCAACGAACCAGAACUUUAAUCCUCAAGCUUUCCAGGUUAAUGGUAAUUCAGCCAUGUGGAAUGAUGGGUCGAGCGGUCCCAAGGCCAACAAUUAUGACCAUUUUACAAAUCAAGCACCUUUUACAGACCAAGGCUAUCUCACAAAAGGGCCUAGAUUUGAUCGGGUUUCUGUCUCUCCUGCGUCAAGCGACUACCGUCGUGGCCUUGGUAGUCCUAAAUACUAUUCUGGUACUCCUCCAACAGGACCUGAACAAAUUUACCGACCAAGUUCAAGAGCAGGCCCGAGAAUACCUCAAGGCCCAAGUGAACUGGACCGCAGACUUCAACACGUCCAGUACUCUCAACACCAGGCAUAUCUCUACGGCAAUGGCCAUUUUCAAAGCCAGUAUCCACCACAUUUGUACGAUUAUCCACCACCAAAUUUUAGACAAACGAACGUAGCACCAUAUGGUUAUCCUAUGCCACUACCACCUUACCCGGCACAAAAUAUACCCACUCGCCCAGCCAAGGAUCAAGAUGUUGGGCUUGGAGUUAGAAGCGUACUUUUGGAAGAAUUCCGCUCAAACGCCAAAUCCAAUAAGAGAUACGAGCUGAAGGACAUCUAUCAACAUGUUGUAGAGUUCAGUGGGGAUCAGCAUGGGUCACGAUUCAUUCAGCAAAAGUUGGAGACAGCUAACAGUGAUGAGAAAGAGCAACUUUUCCGAGAGAUUCAACCCAAUGCGUUACAGUUAAUGACGGAUGUUUUUGGAAAUUAUGUCAUCCAGAAGUUGUUUGAGCACGGCAAUCAAGUACAAAAACGGGUGUUGGCUGAACAAAUGAAGAACCAUGUAAUGGAACUCUCAAUGCAGAUGUAUGGCUGCAGAGUUGUGCAAAAGGCCCUCGAGCAUGUACUUGCCGAUCAACAAGCUGAACUAGUCAAGGAGCUUGAGGCAGAUGUUCUCAAGUGUGUCAAAGAUCAGAACGGCAACCACGUUGUCCAAAAGGCUAUUGAGCGUGUUCCAACGGAGCAUAUUCAGUUUAUUAUUGAAGCAUUCCGGGGCCAAGUCCACGUACUCGCAACUCAUCCUUAUGGAUGCCGAGUGAUUCAGCGCAUUUUAGAAUACUGUCAACCUCGCGACCAAGAACGAGUGCUCGAGGAAUUACAUCAAUGUGCAUCGAACUUGAUUACCGAUCAAUACGGCAAUUAUGUUACUCAACAUGUUAUACAACAUGGAAAGCCUGAAGAUCGUGCUAAGAUUGUCAAGAUUGUCACGGCACAGCUUUUGACGCUAUCCAAGCACAAAUUCGCCUCGAACGUUGUGGAGAAGAGUAUACAAUUUGGCACGGAUGAGCAGAGACACACUAUUGUCUCUCUAUUAACAGCUCUUCAUAGUGAUGGUACAAGCCCUUUGCAAUUGAUGAUGAAAGAUCAAUACGGCAACUAUGUCAUUCAAAAACUUCUUGGGCAAUUAAAGGGUGCCGAAAGAAACGCAUUUGUCGAAGACUUGAAGCCACAACUCUUGGCUCUCAAGAAAUACAAUUAUGGUAAACAAAUUGCUGCCAUUGAAAAGUUGAUCUAUGACCAAGAUGACUCGCAGCAAUCAUAUAUUACAUCCUCAACUGGGCCAACAUCUGGUGCUAUCACACAACCAAUGGAUUCGAACUCGAGUGCCCCAACUCCUCUACUUACAAAUGGGCAAAAUAGUCCACAAAGCAGUAGUAUCCCUAGCGCCAACGUCAGUACUAUUGAUGAUCCAGCCGAUAGUACAUCUUCAGACAAGACAACCGUUGCUAUCAACGAAAAGUCUUGCCCAGAAGUCGUUAUCAGUGGUGCUUAAACUUGUUUAUUUCCUUUUCGCCGAUCAUUCUCUUCUACUUCACGUCACAUACAAAAAGCAUUAUUAAAGGGCGUGGCGGUAUUGGGUCCGGAACGGCAACUUGGGACUGGACGGUUAUAAAAAGUGAAUAUUUCUUUAAUGGUAUUGUCUACCUCAUCGAACCGUUUUUAUCGAGGUGUUAGAAGGCGGGUUUGGUCUGCUUUACUUCCGCAUGGGUGCAUGCAUAUACAAGCCAGGAUUGGCGACGGUGCAUUUACUGUAAAUGAAUAUGGAACUGAACGUGUUAUGUUCUUGACCCGUUUUGUCUUAACAUUUACGAGUAUUUGAUAUCACCUUUGGAAUAGGGACUUGAGGGAAAGGUUCAAGGAUAACGGAAGAGAAAGUCCGCUCUAUUUAUACUUCUUGCUGCAUAUUUUGCAUUGUUUAUUGUUUUUGAAAAGGAAAAAUAUGGAAAGGAUACCUAUUGAUCAUACUAUUGUCUUUUACGCAGAUACGCUGGUUAUACUUACUUUUUUGGCUUGAUGUUUUUGAGAUUUUGCCAUGUUUUACUACGUAUGGUGCAAGCUUAAUACAUUCGCUUGCUUGCUUGUUUGACAGCGGAAGGAGAAAAUAUACCUACUUAUAUAUAUUUUUAUUAUAUUGUUUUACGAAUGUAUCAGUGGGAGCUAGGCAUCUGGGAUUAGGAGGUGAGCAUACGGAUUGCUUGGUUGACUUUACAAAUGGUGAUUGGAAUAAAUAUUUUUUAUGGUAGGCGAGAACGGAAUGGAAUAGGUCGGGUAGGGCAGGGUAUAAAUAGACGGGGGAAAUCAUAUGUAUGUUCCGAACAAAUCGGAUUGUAUGUUGCGAUUGAAUGAUGGAUUUGGACUUAUGGGAACUUGAAUUUGGCUUGUUGGUUAAGGAUAUUGUUGUUGGGGUGGAUGGAUGGGGUUGGAGGGUUGGAGGGUUGGAUAAUGGAAUGGCGUGUUCUUGUUAGCCCUAUAUAAAUAUGAUGCUUUUUGGAGACUUUUUUUGUGUAUUUUGGAUGAUUAAAGUUGUGAUGAAAAUAGACCGGGUGAAUGAGAUGAGAUGAGACGAGAUGUGUGUGAAGUAUAUAAUGGAUAUGACA